AUGGUCGAACAUAUUGUCAUGCCUCAACGCAAACGAAUUGCUAUCAUUGCUCAUGAUAACAAAAAAGCGGAACUCAUUAGCUGUCUUAAGCAACAUCGUAAAGUUCUCUCUCGACAUGAUCUGUUCGGAACUGGUACCACAGGAUCUCUGGUAGAACAGGCACUCAAUCUACCGGUGACUAAGUUUCGGAGUGGUCCGUUGGGAGGAGAUCAACAGAUAGGAGCAAAAAUUGCUUCUCAAGAGCUCGAUAUCAUAUUUUUUCUUAUUGACCCUUUGGAUUCUCAUCCACACUAUGCUGAUGUUCAAGCACUAUUGAGAUUAGCAGAAGCAUGGAAUGUUGUCUGUGGUAUAACAACUACUUGCAUCGAUUUUAUUCUUACGUCGCCCAAAAUGCACGAAUCAUGUACAAGAAGUGUUAAUUUAACUCCUAUUUUACCAAGAAUUGAAGCAAACAGAAGAAAACCGUCAGUGCAUAUUAUAAAACAACGUGUUCCAGUUGUUAAUCAAAAUUCGAAAUUUACAUUGCCAAAAAUAUCACCAACGCGACCAGCACAAGUGACUCAGCAGGCUAUAUUCAAGAAUUGAUUUUGUCAUCAAUUGAAUGUACAUACAUUUCCUAUGCUUAUCAAAUUGCUAUGCAUUGUAUAUACUCUCUUUGUUUCAAUUUGCAGUGAACAAUUACAAGCUCCAAUAAUUCUACGUGAAUCCAGUGAUGGUGAAGUACCAUUAGGUUCUCGUAAAGUUUUUACUUGUAAUGCAAUUGGUUAUCCUCCUCCAACUUAUAUGUGGUUACGUGAAUGGCAAAAUUUAACAUCAAAUUUUUCUUCAUACAGUUACUUCGAAAUAACAUCAGCAAAAAAACAAGAUCAAGGUUCAUAUCGAUGUUUAGCUAAAAAUGAUGUUGGUAUUGUUGCAAGUAAAACAACGCAUUUAACAAUUUGGUAUUUUGAUGGUUUCAUAAGUAACCAACGUGAUCAAUUCAUUAGUAUUUCGGAAUCUGAUGCUGUUGUUCUACAAUUACCAACAAUAAGUUCAUCACCGGAACCAACUGUACAAUGGUUUAUGAAAAGUAGUUCAUUAUCACGCGAUAACAAACCUAUUAUUAUGAAUGAAAAAUAUUUUAUUACAUCAACAUAUAAUCUUGUUAUACUUAACACGGACUAUCAGGAUGAAAAAAUUUAUUUUGCUAUUAUUGAAAAUAUUUUCGUUGGCGGUACAAAACAAUCACCAGAUUUUCGAUUAGAAAUUAAUCGAAGAAAAAAUUCAUAUCGCACUUCACCAGAAUUUAUUAUUAAACCAACAGAUCAAUUAGCAACCAUCGGAAAUCAUAUUAAAUCAUUUGAAUGUAUCGCUAAUGCUGGUUCCGGUAAUCCAAUUGAAACUAUUUGGCAAAAAGAUGCUGUAUUAAUUAAUUCAACUAGUGGACGAUUUCAUAUUGGUCCUUACAACCGAACACUUGAAGUUCGUGGGAUUAUUGCUGACGACCAAGGAACCUACUCGUGUCAUGUUCGAAUAAAAAAUACUGAUAGUUACAUCAAUGCAAGUGCAAAAUUAAUUGUUCGAGGUGUUCCUAUCAUCACAACCAAUUUUCCACUUAUUCAAAAUGUUGAUUUACAAGAUAAAAUUAUUUUCUCUUGUAAUGGAACACAAACGUUGACAAAUUAUAACGUCACAUGGUAUAAAGAUGCUGUUCGUUUAAUAAAUCAAUCAUCGAAAGUUCAAUUGAUCGAAAAUAAAUUAAUUAUUAAUGAUAUUGAAUGGGAUGAUCAAGGAAUGUAUCAAUGUUUCCUCACCAAUGAUGUUGGCGAAGAUACUCGUUCAACAUGGUUAAGAAUUAAAAGUGAACCCCCUACUGUUACUGCUAGUAACGAUUUAAUUGUUUUUAACGGAACUGAUAUUCAAUUAACAUGUACUGCCAAUGGAUCACCAUGGCCAAAUAUAACUUGGUUUAAAUUGAAUUUAAAUGACGAUGAACGAAUUCUAUUGAAUAAUAUGAAUGGAAGAUUUCAUGUUGAUAAACGAACUGGUGUUUUAUCAAUAUCAAAUACAAUGCGAAAUGAUUCCGGUAUAUUUGAAUGUUUAGCACAAAAUAUUCUCGGCUCCGCGCAUGCACGAACAACGCUACUUGUUCGCCGACGAACAAGAAUCAUCUCAUUACCACAAACAAUGAAAAUUAUUAAAGCACAAUCGUUAGUACUUGUCUGUCAUGUGUUUAGUGAAGAUGAUGUAGUAAAGAAAAUUUCUUGGUAUUUCAAUCACAAUCAAAUGAUAUCACAAAAUCGAGUCUAUAAUGAAAGUACAAUUUUAAUCGAUACACCACAAAAUCAAGAUACAGGCAAUUAUACUUGUAAAGUGGAAUCUGAAGCAGGCAAUGAUACUCGUACAACAGAAGUCACAGUCAUUGAAUUACCUUGGCCACCUACAUUUGUUAGAGCGUCACUCAUCAAUGAUUCUACUAGUAAAUCGAUUGUUGUGAAUUUAACUUGGAUACCGAAUUUCGAUGGGAAUAUGCCAAUUGAACGAUAUAUAAUUCAAAUGAAAGAUUGUACAUUGUCAGAUAUUAGUGAAUUUUCUUCAUCGUAUGAUGAACUCGGAUGGGAAACUAAAGACGAUAUUAAUAUACAAAGAAGUGCAACAAAAACUUCGACUUUAAUAAGUGGUCUUCGACCAUUUACGACCUAUCGUUUUCGAUUAUCAGCUCGAAAUCAACUUGGAGAAGGACAAAUAAGUGCUCCUAGUAACAAAAUAACACUGCCAGAAGAAAUUCCCAGUGGUACUGUUAAAUCUGUAACGGCUAUUCCUCGUGAUUCAACGUCAGUUUUUAUUGAAUAUUCGAAACCAAUUGAAUCAAUUAUUAAUGGACAAUUAAUUGGUUAUGAUAUAAAAUAUGCAUUAAAUUAUCCGAAUCCAAAUUGGAAAUCAAUACGUGUAAAUUCAUCAACGCAAUCAUAUAUUUUAAAAGAUUUAAUGACAUGGGAAUCUUAUUUAAUAUCUGUAUCAUUGGUGAAUAAUGUUGGUAUUGGUCCUGCAAGUGAAAACGUGAAAGUUCGUACUCUUGAAGGUAUACCAAGUCGUGCACCGACAUUGAUUCAAUAUGAACCAAUGAAUUCAACAGCUAUUAUGAUUAAAUGGCAAGGUCCUUCUUCAUCGUAUAUUAAUGGUAUUCUUAAUUCAUUUAAAAUCGAAUUAAUUGACUUAAAUCGAAAUAUAACAUUAUAUCAAGAACAACAAGCGAAACCUAUUGAACUCUAUCAUCUUGUUAUUGGUUCGUUAAAAAAAUUUACGAAUUAUUCAGUAAGAGUUAAUUGUGCAACUAAAAUUGGUAGUGGACCAUGGUCAUUGCCAACGGUUUUUGUUCGAACACAUGAAGAUGUUCCUGAUCAAGUAGAAAAUUUAACUUUUUCUAAUGUAUAUGAUACAUCAUUGGAUAUUAGUUGGCAGAAACCAUCGGAAAUCAAUGGUUAUUUAGUUGGUUAUGAACUUGAAUGGUAUCAAAUGAAUAGCACACAAUCAAAUCUAUAUGAUCGUUCAGUAAUCGAAAUUGAGCCUCAUUUAACAACUUAUAAAAUAAAUAAUUUAUCCGCAACAACAUGUUAUACCAUCAGUGUUCGAGCUAAAACACGAAAAGGCUUUGGUUUAAAACGUUCCGCAUCCAUUGAAUCAGGUUAUCCGCCUGAAAUGCCAUCACCACCAACAAAUAUUGAAAUUAUUUCGAUUGAAAAACGUUCCAUAACAAUAAAAUUUUCUCCCGGUUAUACUGGUAAGACCAAUAUUCUACGAUAUAUUGUUCAAAUUCAAAUGAGAAGUAAUAAUUCGCAAUGGGAAAAUACUCAAUCUUUUCAUAUUGAACAAUCGAAAUUAAUCGUUCGUGAUUUAUAUCCUAAUCGGUCAUAUCGCAUACGAAUGUCAGCUGUUAAUAUUAAAGGAACAAGUAAUGCAAGUAUUCCAACUGAAUUUUUUCGUACCAAACCAGAUGUACCAUCGAGUGUACCACAACUAUUACUAGCACAAGCAAUAAAUUCAAGUGCUAUUCGAGUUCGAUGGAUGCCGAUUGCAACCAAUGAAUGGAAUUCAAACGGAAAAGAUGUUGGCUAUAUUAUCUCAAUCAAUGAUUCCAUAUCGAGAGUUAUUAAAAUUGAAGACCCAUUAACGAUUGAAUUUACAUUUAAUAAUUUAUCACCAGCACAUACAUUAUUUCUUAUUCGAUUACAUACCUAUAAUCGUAUUGGUAUGAGUAAAGUUUCAAUAGAAACAACGGAGAAAACUUUUGAAAGUGUACCUCAUCGAUCACCAUCAAAUAUUCACAUUGAUUCAAUCAAUGGAACAUCGGUGACCAUCCGUUGGGAUUCAUUAAAUCCUCUUGAUCAAGGUGGUUUUAUUACUAAUUAUAAGAUUAUGUAUUAUGCAUUAUCAUCGCCUCACAUGAUUCAUACUGUUGAUUAUUCCGAUGAUAGUUCAUCGAUUAGUUAUAUUUUAAAUAAUCUUGAUAGUUAUACAAAUUAUUCAUGUUCUAUAUGUGCAUGCACAUCCACUGGUUGUAGUUCCUAUAGUCCAGCAUUUGAGUUUCGUACAGAUGAAAGUGUUCCUUCAAAACCAACGGAAGUUUUCUUUUCUAAUGUUGGUUAUUCGUCUGCACAUAUGACAUGGCAAAAGCCAACAAAACUCAAUGGAAUUCUAGUUGGUUAUAAAAUUGUAUAUUGGGGUUUAGAUGACGAACAAACACAGAUUGAAAUUGAUGAUUUGACGAGCGCUACAAAUUCUUAUUCAUUUAACGAAUUGGAAAAAACAACUUCAUAUACGUUUAUUCUUUGUGCCAAAACUCGUAUUGGUUGCGGUGAAAAGAGUAUCAACCGUUUAUUAACCAUGGAAAAUCGAGAGCGACCUGACGCUCCAUUUCCACCAACAAUCAUUGAAUCUUCAAUUAAUGCGACGAGUUUAAUAUUAACAUGGCGUAAGGAUUUGGAUUUCAAGUAUGCACCAAUUCGAUAUACAUUCAUUGAAUAUCAAGAAGAACAUUCGACAACCUGGAAACCCUAUGAUCCAAUAAAUAAACCCGACGGACAAAUAACAAAAUUACUUAUUCAAAAUUUAAAACCAAAUACAAAAUAUCGUUUUCGAUUAGCAUCACAAAAUGAUAUGGGAAUAAGUGAUUAUAGUCGUUCGACGAAUUUUAUUCGAACAAAAGAAAGUGCACCAUUCGUUCAACCGGCUAUUGAUUAUAUAUUAACAACUCAACCGUGCCAAAUCGAUAUUUAUCUUAAAGACUUGGAUUCAAUUGACAAUAAUACUCGUUUAAAAGUUCUUAUGAAACCCAUGUCAAAUGAAGAAACAUUUCAAACAAGUUAUCAUUCAAUUAACGAAGAUUAUUCUAUACAUUUAGAUAACCUAUGUCAAAAUUCGAAUAUCAAUGAGACGCAUGUUUUAUAUGUUUGUUUAAGUAAUACAGUAGGCGAUGGCCCACUUUCGUUUGCACGAUAUUUUCAUAUACAAUCGCCGGCACCACUAAAUAUAUCAGUUAAUUCAAUGAACGUGAGCGUUUUAAGUCCGAGAGAAAUAUUAGUUCAAUGGAAUAUCAGCCAAAUUCUAUCAUCAAUCAAUUAUCGCAUACGAUGGGUAGCAGCAAAUGAAACAGAUAAAGAAAAAAGUUUGAUUGCAUCAUACAAUGAAUCAAUGGUGAUCUUGGAUAAUCUUAUUCCGUUUACUACUUAUAAAAUUAUGAUUAAUACAUUCAAUAUUAAUGGAGAUGGGCUUUUACAUGAAACCGAUCUAGUUGGAACAUAUGAAGAUGUACCUGGUCCAAUUGAUCAAUUAACUUUCUCAUACGUUACAUUUAAUUCCCUACAAAUCGAAUGGCAAGCACCAAAAUCUUUAAAUGGUAUACUUCGUUCGUACGAGUUAACUUAUGAUAAUCAUCUAUCACUUCCUUCACUAAUGAACACUUCGUCGACUCGUGUCAAAACAAUUAAACAACUUUUAUCACCAAAUAUAACAUUGUUACGUGUUGAUGAAUUAGAUUCGUAUCAAACUUAUGAAUUUUCUCUAUGCGCUUGUACAAUUCAAUGUGGUCCAUGUAUUCAUAAAUCUAUUCAAACCGGUCCACAAAAAUUAGCACCAUUGCCACCGUUUGAUUUAUUCAUUAACAAACGUAGUGAAUUAAUAUGGAAAUCAUCUAUAAAAUCGGAAUAUUAUCUCGUUGAAUUAUCCCAUGAUCAUGGUCAUACAUGGAAAUUUAUUGAUCAAACAUUUAAAUCUCCUGUAAACUUGGCUAAAUUUCAAUUAAAUGAUUCAAUCGAAUAUUAUUUUCGGAUCUAUUCUGUCAAUCGCAUUGGUAUAAGUGAAUCAAGUCAAAUGUAUAGACAUAAUUUUACCACAUUUUCAACAUCAUUUCCAUUAAUAAAUCCACUUAAAUUCGUAUCUAAUAUAUUUACAUUUACACGAGCAAAUCGUUUGCCUUUUUAUAUUAUACUCGGUUUGGUUUUACUUCUUAUUUUCAUGGUUAUCUGUAUAGUAAUAACUUGUUGCUGUUGUCGAAUGAAAUUAAAGAAAACAAAAUUAUUACAAUCAACAAAUACAUUAUCAUCGAAUUUAAAUAGUGCCGAAUCCAAACAAAGUUUAUAUACGUCAACAACAUUAUUAACACCAAUAAAAAAAGAAUUAAUCAUACAUCGUAAUCGUGAUAGUCUAGCAUUAAGUGAUUUAUUAUAUAAUAAUUUUUCCAGUCGUUCGCCACCACGUCCAAUACCAACACCAACUGUCUACGAUGAUUUAAAUAGUACAAAAAGUUUAUUGACUAAUAAUAAUAAUGCAAGCAAUCAUUCAAUUGAUGAAACUCAAUCGAAAACUGAUUAUUCUUGGUAUCAUGCAUUGCCACAACAAUUAUAUACGUAUAUGUCAAAUAAUCAUUUAACGAAUCGAAUCAUGGAAGAAAACGAACAUGACAGCGAUGAAAUAGAUUUAACAGUAGCUUUUAAUGGUGCGAUUUUAAUGAACAAUGUACCACGAUCGAGAGCAGCUGUUAAUGGAUGUUCAUCAUUUGCGCUUUAA